UCACACGAUAUUCUUCUUCUCCUACCGUACACAAAUCUUCAAGCUACCUCGGAUUCCGUACUGCAGAUAUAUAUAUAUGCGCAUGCCACUUUCAAAUUCGGCGCCAUUGUUUCAUUUAAGAAGAAAUUGAAUUGAAAAUGGGCGAAACGAGCGAGGACAGGUCCGAAAUUGCGUUCUUUGAUGUGGAGACGACGGUACCGACUCGAUCUGGCCAGGGUUUCGCUAUAUUGGAAUUCGGAGCCAUUUUGGUUUGCCCCAGGAAGCUGGUGGAGCUCCAGAGCUUCUCCACCCUGGUCCGACCCGCUGACCUCUCACAUAUUUCAACUCUCUCUGUUCGCUGCAAUGGCAUUACGAAGGAGGCUGUAAUUUCUGCCCCCACUUUCAUGGAUAUUGCUGAUACGGUCUACGACAUUCUUCAUGGGAGGAUAUGGGCAGGUCAUAAUAUACUGAGAUUUGAUUGUGCUCGGAUAAGGGAGGCAUUUGCUGAGAUUAACAGGCCUGCUCCUGAGCCAAAGGGGACUAUUGAUUCAUUGGCAGUAUUGACUCAAAAGUUUGGAAGGAGAGCUGGCGACAUGAAGGUAGAAUUCUUCUACGCAUUAGUUAAAAUUGUUGGAAUUUUUUCAAAAUAUCAAGGAAGAGAACAAUGCAUCAACUUUGUGUGAAUUGAUAUUUUCAUG